ACUGUCUGGCCGGAGCGGAUCGCCGUUGCCUAGCGACGGAGGUAGCGUCGCUCCUGCUGUAAGAGCCACUUGUUGCAGUCCAGACGCAUCCCACGCCGGUGGGGGGUUGAGCGUCGGUACCGGGCUGGGCUCGUUGUCGCCGUCGCAUAUUCAUGCCGUGCCGUCACCGCCAGUCUGCGGACACGUCGCCCCGUUUGCCGCCACGCCGCCCGCGCACCCGUUACUCCGUCCUCGGCCGUGUAACGUUACGUCACCGUUACUUGAAGUGGCCGCUACCCCUCCGCCCGCAGCGCUGCUGGCCAGAUGGCGGCUGGCGCUAAUCCCCUUAGCUCUGCGCGCCGCGUGCUCUGAACGAGCGACGCGAGGAGAGAGAGAGAGACACUCUGCCAAGUUUCCGCGUGGACGUGGGGACUGGAAUAAGUCGGUCUCGGUUCGGGAAGGACUAUUUCUCGUGCCGGGGCCGUGCGGCAUGACGGGCAGGUGUGCGGAGAAGCGCAGGUGCGGAGCCGCUUCGUCCGACUGAUGCCGGAGCAACAAGUUGGACGUUUGUUGACGCUGCACUUGUGAUGGGGACGGAGCCCUGCAGAUCGUGAAAUCCUACCUAUCAUGCGAAGGCUUUGGUGGUGGUUCGUGUGCGGGGGGUGUUUGCGCGAGGGACACGCGGUGUAACAGAGAACUAAAGCUCCGUAGCCUCACCCCAGGGGCACCGGCCUGUGAAAAUGCCCGUGUAACCCUGGAACCAUGGCAGUCAUCACUUAUUCAGGCUUUCGGGAGAAAGCCCACGUUCUAGAAGGUCCUUCUUCCUCCGGGAAGGUUCCAGAACCCCCGUUGGAGAGGACCAUGCUGGACCACUACGGGAAUCCGAUUCCACAGUCUUGUGGGGUCAAAGGCCAAACGUGGACGAAAGAGGACCAGAACUCGAAUGCAGGGGGACGAUUGCGAAGGAAGAUACAAAAAAACAGGACAAAGAAAGAGACUCGAGCAAAAGUGGAAUGGAGGAACAGCAAAAAGGGACGAGGACAAAGGAGUCGGUUGCCAAUGUUACCGUGUUGUGCCACUGGAGAGAUGAGCGGGCACUGGAGCUGCCUGUGGAUAGCUCUCCUGCUCCUGAGCACGUCUGUGAACCCGGCAUCAUCACAGGGGAGUUUCCCGCACAUGGAGAACAUCGCUGCCUUCAAGCCCGCGUCCACGUCUCCACCUCGUUCCACCUGCGGGACCCCCGAGCGCAGCAGCUACUGCCGAGCCGCGUCGUCCCGAGCGGAGCUGGAGACGUGUCAUCAGGCCUUCUGCGUCCAGGAGUGUCCGCACCGGGCCUCCACGCCGCCGUACGCCCCGCUGCUGCUGCCGGCACACAGGGGAACCUGCGUGGCUGAAGACAACGACGACGCUCAUCCCGGAGCAGAGGCAGAGGCGGGAACCACUGCCGGGGAUUCUGGGGGAUCCGGUCCUGUACUGUUUCGGCCGGUCCAGGACGGAUGCGUGGUCUCUCCCCCAUCACAGAAACUGGGCCCGUUGGGCUCCCUCACCCUGGCGCUGUGGAUUAAGCUGAGCUCCACUGGAGAGAUGAUGCUGCUGGAGAAAAGCUUCGGGGAGCAGCUGGUCUUUUCGGUGAGCGUUUCCGAGCAGGCGGUCACGCUGCGGCACGGCCGGCCCGGCGGCCGGACCCCCCUGGCGGUCGGCUUCAGGACGCAGGGCAAGCUUGUUCUGGAGAACUGGACCCACCUCGUUCUGCAGGUCCACGACAGACGCGCGAGCGUCUUCCUGAACGGGCUCGAGGAGGAUGGGACGCCGUCUGACACCAGGCUGUUGAGCGCCCGGCUCAACGAUGUGAGCGAGGACGGUGCCAUGCGGGUGGGACUCGGCUCCAACGGGUCUAAUCAGUUCAUUGGGCGGAUGCAGGACUUUAGAUUUUAUCCUGCCGCUCUGACUAACAGGGAAAUCGUGGAGCUAUACGCUGGAGUCCUGCCGGAGCUCCACAGCCAGCCAGAGUGUCGCUGUCCUCCCACUCACCCCCGAGUGCACCCUUUAGUUGAGAGAUACUGCAUCCCCAAUGCUGUGGAGGACACCACUAAUGACAGAGUCCUGAGACUGAAUCUCAACUCCCACCCUCUCAGUUACGUCAAUGACCAGGACUUGGGCACUAAGUGGAUUUCUAAAACCAUGACUACACAGGAACUGGAUGAAGGAGUCACUAUAACCGUGGAUUUGGCUAAUGGACAAUACCAGGUAUUUUACGUCAUCGUUCAGUUCGACGGCCUCUUGCCUGAAUCAGUUCAGAUCCAGAGACGAGCCCUGGCGGAAGAGGAGAGCGACGCCGAGGCGCAGCAGCCCUGGGUGGACUGGCAGUACAUGGCCAAAGACUGCAGUGUGUUUGACAUGGAGAACAAUGGAGCUUUGCUCACACCAGACUCCGUCAACUGUCUGCAGCUGCCCAGCGACGCGCCCGUCGCGGGAGGCAACGUCACCUUCAGCCUGCUGAGCCCACAUCCGAACCCGAGGCCCGGCUACAACGACUUCUACAACACCCCUGCUCUGCGCAGCAUGGUCCUGGCCGCGCAGGUCAGGAUUCGUCUGAGGGGACAGCUCCACGGCGGCACCGACGGCGUGGGCCGGCGACGCAGAUAUUACGCCAUCAAGGAGCUCACCGUCAGCGGCAGGUGCGAGUGCCACGGCCACGCGGACGUCUGUGAUACCGCCGCGAUGCCGUACCGCUGCCUGUGUCUCCCCGAGAGCCACACGGAGGGGAAUAACUGUCAGCGCUGUGCCCCGCUCUACAACGACAAGCCCUUCAGGUCCGGCGACCAGCUCCAGCCCAUGAACUGCCGGCCGUGCCGUUGCCACGGACACGCCUCCUCCUGUCACUACGACGCGCAGGCCGACGACCACCCGGACGAGCAACAUCGAGGAGGAGGAGGCGUCUGUGACGACUGCAGGCACAACACCACAGGAAAGAGUUGUGAGCUGUGUGUGAGUGGCUUUUUCAGGCUGGAGGAAUCUGACCCCACCUCAGUCGAUGUGUGUCGGCCCUGUAACUGUGACACUGCUGGGACGAUAAGCAGCAGCGUGAAGUGCGCUGAGGUCGGAGGUCAGUGUCGGUGCAAGGCCGGGGCGACGGGCCGUCGCUGUGCAGACUGUCUGCCUGGUUGGUACGGCCUUAAAGCCGAUAACGCAGAUGGCUGCAGUCGCUGUGACUGCAGCGACGUGGGCACCGUCAGCGGGUCAACGUGCAGCCAGCACACGGGACAGUGUCAGUGUAAAGCUCACGUCACAGGUCUCUCCUGCGGCCGCUGUGAGUUCGGCUUCUGGAACCGCUCCCACCCAGACGGCUGCGUCCCAUGCGGCUGCGACCCUCUGGGCUCCCUCAGCCUGUUCUGUGAGCCCGAGGGGGGUCAGUGUGAGUGUAAGCCGGGGGUGGGGGGGCAGCGCUGCGACUCGUGUGCCAGCGGGUCGUACCGGCCGAGGCCGGAGGGGACCUGUGCUCCUUGCAACUGCUCGCGGGACGGGACCGAACCUGGAACAGACUGUGACCCUCACACGGGGCAGUGUGUGUGUAAGGAGCACGUGGAGGGUCGUCGCUGUGACUCCUGCCGUCCUGGGUACCACACGCUGGAACAGAGGAACUCUCUGGGCUGUCUGCCGUGUGCGUGUGACAGCGGUGGCACCGUGCCGGGCGGCGUGUGCGACGCGUGGACGGGGCAGUGCCCGUGCAGAGAGGGAGCAGAGGGAGCCCAGUGCAGCGACUGUGCACCCAGCUACUACAAUGGGAGUCUGGACCUCCAGAAGCAGUUGCCUCAGGGCUGUGCACCAUGUAACUGUGACCCCAGAGGAACAGUGGCAGGAACAGCCUGUGACAGCAACACAGGACAGUGUGUUUGUGUCCCCACACGCUAUGGGAGGGACUGCAGUGGCUGCAGAUCAGGCUUCUACCUCUCUCCAGACCACAGCCUGUGUGUGGAGUGCGGCUGCCAUCCCAUGGGAGCGUCUCAGCGCGGCUGCGAGGACCGGACCGGACAGUGUGCGUGCGCUCAUUCCUCAGUGGGAGGCCCACGGUGCGACCAGUGCCGCGACACGUUCUUCGGCUUCAACCCAGGCCUGGGGAGAUGUCGUCCGUGUGCAUGUGACCCGGUGGGCAGUGUUAAUGGUUCGUGUCAUCCAGGCUCCGGGGUCUGUGAGUGUAAGCUGCUGGUAACGGGAGACAAGUGUGAUGCGUGUCAACCUGGAGCGAGUCACUUUGAUCCGGAAAACCACUUUGGCUGCAGCAAAGCACCUUCCCAACAACCUGCCCCUGUAGGGUUUGCCCUCAGCUACUCUUCCAUCCGUCUCUCAUGGCAUCCACCUGAUGCACCAAACUCUCACAGCCUCAACUACACACUCAUCAGAGACGGGCAGUCAGUGUUUAGGACCCAGAGCCACUAUCCCUUCAGCCCCAAGUCCUUUGAAGACACCAGUUUGUCUCCGUACACCAAUUACACUUACUGGCUUAUGGCCGCUAACGUGGCUGGUUCCACAACAAGUGCACUGGCCUCCUGCCAGACUUUAGGAGCGCGACCUGCAGCAGAGCAUCUUCAUUUAAACCAUGUGGGACGCCCGGGACCAACCACUGCUAGCUUUAACUGGAGCGCGCCACGGAACGAUACGGGCCCAGUGGAGAGAUUUGCGUUAUCCUUGACUGAAUCCUCUAGUGGAGCGGAGCCCGUCAUUCACUACACAGGUUCAUCCACAGAGGCGGUAGCGAGUGGUCUCAAGCCGUUUACUCAGUACACUGUGGUUCUAGAGGCGUGCUCCUCUGGGGGCUGCACGUCCACGGCGCCUCUGUCUCUUCUGACAGCCUCCGCCCCACCACAGAACCAGCCCCCACCCAGCGUCAGCGCUGCAGGACCUCACGGGCUGCGUGUCUCCUGGGAGCCCCCCGGUCGCCCAAACGGUGUUAUCACAAAGUACGAGGUGUUUCUUCGUGGACCGGUGGACUCCCACAACAGCUCGAGUUCUGCUGUUGAGGAGAGGGUGUUCUUCAGCUCCGGUUGGCUGGAUCCAAGUGAUCCCCCAGAACUGCAGCAAAGCAACAGUAGCGGCGUGUCUCCCCCUGAGAGCAGCACUACUGUCCCAGGGCUGCAGGCCUAUUCCACCUAUCAGCUGAGAGUUGUGAGCAGCAACAUGGCAGGAAGCGUCUCAUCAGGUUGGACCACGGCACGCACCAUGGAGGGAGUCCCAGAGUUCAUGGCUCCUCCAGAAGUGUCUCCACUGUCACCCUCCAGUCUCCAAGUGAAGUGGAGCACGGCCGAGGGCCAAGGGGUCGUCGCCAGGGGACCCGUUCUGGAAUUCCGCAUCAACUUGUUGACUGAGCAGAGCAACAACCCCUACGCGCCUCCAGUUGUCAGUCAGGCCCUGCACAGAGUCGGGCCGUCGUCCCCCCCUGUUUACACAGUGACGGGACUGAAGCCUUAUCACGUGUACAACUUCACCGUUACGCUCUGUACGAAGACCGCAUGUGUUACCAGCCUGGCGAGCACGGGACGAACCCUAGCAGCAGCUCCAACGGGACUGUCCCCACCUCGAUUACAGCAAGUCGAUGAAAGCACCAUUCUGCUAGACUGGGAUGCGCCCACUCAACUCAACGGACCUGCCCCGCUCUACCAGGUGGAGAGGACGGACGUUUCCCUGUCAGAUCCACAAGUUCCUGUCGUCAGAGGCACCAGGUUUCCCAGGAACGGCUACUUUCAGUUUCCCAGUGACACUCUCCCAGUCAACACUGACUUCACAGGGGUCGAGCUGAGCUUCAGGACUCGCUCUCCACACGGUCUGCUGCUCGGCGCCUUCUCUCCUGGACGCCAGGAGGAGUUCCUGGCUCUUCAGAUCAGGAACGGACGCCCUUACUUUCUGUUCGAUCCACAGGGCUCGGCGGUGGCGGUGGGCGUGCAGGGCGACGGAGGGCGCCGCUACGAUGACGGACGAUGGCACAGCGUGGCAGCGACGAGGCGAGGGGCCGUGGGAACGAUCGUUGUGAACGAUCGAUACAGAGGAAGCGCAUCAGCUCCCAGUGGCAGCACCAUAAUCGGUGAGAACACGGGGGUGUUCGUCGGAGGGCUGCCUGACGACUUCACUCUGCUCAGACAGGAUUCAGGUGAUGCUGAGCUGGUGCAGCAGGGUUUCUCCGGCUGCCUCAGGGAUGUGACUUUUAAGAUGAGUGACAGCCCAUCGGAGCAGUGGAAGUCCCUGGACUGGUCAGGAGCCGUGAAGAAGGAGGCAGCGUCUGAAGACUGGGAGGGCUGCCCCGGUCAGACUGAGGAGGGGGCACAUUUUCUAGGACAUGGUUACUUGGAACUGAGCAGACACGUCUUCAGCGGAGGACAGGACUUUGACAUUUCGAUGGAUUUCAGAACCGACCAGCUCAAUGCUCUUCUGCUCUUCAGCUACAACAUGCAGACGGAGGACUACAUGCUGGUGGAGCUGGACGGCGGCCUCCUGUCUUACAUCGUUGCGGCCGAAGGUCGCGUGACUGAACUCAGCAUGUGGGUGGGCCUGAGUUACUGCGAUGGAGACUGGAAGCAGUUUUCGUUGGCCAAACGCGGGUCACUCAUUUCGGCUGCGGUCAACGACUGGGAAGAGGAGACGAGGGGAGGGGCGCGACCGGGGCGGCUGAGGGUGGACUCACACCUGUACGUGGGGGGUGUUCCCACAGGGCUUACGCAUCCAGCUUUGGACAGAAGUCACAAACACGGCCUCGGCGGCUGCAUCAGAGGUCUGACCAUUCGAGGCGAUGAAGCCGACCCUCCCGCCAGUCAGCACGUUAAUCUCUUUGCCGCCUCCCGCCGUUCUGUCAGAGUCUACUUGGACGGUUGUCCCAUCGGUGAAAGCCGGUACCACUGCAGAGGAAAUGACUCAGUGUUGGUGUACAGUGGGAGAGAGACACAGGCCACCGAUUCUAAUCUACAGCCCUUUGCUGAGUACUUGUAUAGGGUUGUAGCCUCGGCGGUGGGGGGCUGGGCAGCAGGGCCGUGGCAGAAAGGACGCACGCUGGGCAAAGUUCCCAGGUCUGUGCCGCCUCCCACCUCCGUGCAGAGCCUGAACGGCUCCAGUGCCAAGGUGAGCUGGGAGUCGCCCACAGGCGACAUCAGAGGCCUGAUUGACAGGUAUGAGUUGAAGGCCUACGACAGCGGGCGUCCUGGAGCGGCCCCGGUCACAGCCACGUUCCUGGCUAACGGAAACCUCACAGGUGUGUUGUCAGGUCUCACUCCAGCCACUCGAUACACCGUCACCGUGAGCGCCUGUGGUCACGUCGGCUGCUCUGAGAGUCCUCGUGAUGACGGUGGUGAUGACAAUGUGGGAUGGAGUGUCACAACCCCAGAGGAAGCCCCGGACAGUGUCUCCCCCCCGGCCGCAGCCUCAUCCCCCACAGCUCUCUACGUGACCUGGGAACCUCCAGAAAGGCCCAACGGAGACAUUGCAGAGUACCUCCUCUAUCUCAACAACCAAAUGGUCUACAGGGGGAAGGAACGGCAACACAACAUCACUGGCCUCGGUGUCUUCUCCACCCACGUCGUGGCUCUGAGCGCUUGCACUUUGGCCGGAUGCACCAACAGUUCACAGGCGACAGUGCUGACCGCUCAGCUUCCUCCUGGGCCUCUGCAGGCGCCGAAUCUCACGCUGCUCGACUCGAGGACCAUUCUGGUGGAGUGGUCCCGGCCUGCUCAGCUCAACGGCCUGUUGGAGUUUUACUCCAUCUUCCUGCGUCGCGACGGCGACGAGCCGGUGCUCGUCUACAACAGCUCAGAGCCUUGUGAGGAUCACGCGCUUCGUAACCUGACCCCUGGGACGGCGUACAGCGUCACAGUGGCUGCCUGCACGGGGGGCGGCUGCACCCUGAGCCCUGCCAGCCAGGCUCGCACCGAGGAGAGCACCCCGGAGAACGUUCCUGCGCCCCUGGUCGCCUCUGUGUCACCACACGAGCUCAAUGUGAGCUGGACCCCUCCUGACACGCCAAACGGUGUCAUAACCAGCUACGGCCUCUGGUUGGACGGGCUUCUCCUGGUCAACACCACUUCCUCCCAGCGGUUCUUUGUGGUGGACGGACUUUCCCCCUGGACUCGACAUGUUCUGAGGCUGCAGGCCUGCACUUCACGGGGCUGCGGCAAAGGACCGAUGGUGGAGAUGCGUACGUCGGAGAUGGCCCCAGAAGGCCCCAUACUGCUGGAACUGACCAAUCAGAGCUCUCGAUCAAUUCGAGCCCGCUGGACACCUCCUCCCAGACCGAAUGGGAACCUCAGCUACACACUGUACUACAAGAGCAAAGAAGGUGACGGUGUGUUAGAUGCAGCGGCAGACAGCUGGAUGUCUGUGACCAACCUGCAGCCCUUCACCAGCUACAGCUUCAGGAUCACAGGGUGUAACACACAGGGUUGUGUUGAGAGCUCCACACUCAAUGUCACUACACUUCCUGCAGCCCCAGACGGGUUGUCCCCUCCGACGCUGGCUAAUGCAACUACUGCCAGUCUGAGCGUGUCCUGGAGCAGCCCGCUCCACCCCAACGCGCCCGGCCCGCUCCACUACAGCCUCCAAAUGAGGACGUCCCCGCAGCAGCCGGCGAUGAGGCUCGUGGAAAACGCGACGGACACCUUCUCCUACCGCGUGGAGGGCCUCGCUCCGUACACGCGCUACCUGUUCAGGGUGGAGGCUGCUCACGCACACGGGAGGACCGCCGGCCCCUGGGCGGCGCUGCUCACUGCAGAGGACCGUCCAGGAUCGGUGGACAGCCCAACUGUGUCAGGGCUUCAUUCUCGAAGUGCAACCAUUACUUGGGCUCCUCCGACUCAACCCAAUGGAAUUAUUACCAAUUACACACUCUAUCUUUGCCCUCUGACUGACUCAGUGUCCAGCACCGGCACAACCCUCGAGCCCAGUUCAGGUCCCAGACUAAGCCAAGUGCCCAGCACUGAGAGUCCCGCCUCUGGUUCUGUCACUCCAGGCUCAGACUACGUUCCCACAGCGUCUUUUACCAGAAGCACUAAUGACCCAGUCCAAGUCUCUGAACCCAACCUUCUCUCGGGACCAAUCUCUACCUUAAGACCUGGCAUCUUGAGCGACACAAAUUCUGGUUCGUCUCAGUCAUCCAAUCCAAACCAGGACCAUGGCUUUAUCUUAUUCAAACCCACUGAGCCCCGUACCUCCAGUCUAGGCCCAGGAACUUCUCCGUACAACGCAGAUGACAAUGAAACCGGCUCAAACUCUGAACACCUCAAAAAAUACGAUUCCUACGACAGCUCAGUCUUUAGUGCCUCUAGUGAAGCUUCUGAUGCAAGUUCAGUUACAGUUCCAGGGAACACCACCAGUUACACUUUCCUGGGCCUGCUUCCAUACCACGCCUACAGCCUCCAGGUGGAGGCGUGCACCAGUGUGGGCUGUUCAGUGUCGGACAUGUCCCAACACUUUCGUACCCUUCCUGCUCCCCCUGAAGGGGUUCCUGCACCGCACCUUUACUCCGACACCCCCACCUCUGUGCUUUUGUCCUGGGGUGCACCAGAGUGGAGCAAUGGGCCACUGGAGCGGUGGCUGAUUGAGCGUAGAGUUGCUGGCACCAAACCAGUAUCCACAGUGGGCAGUCUCCCUCCAGACCCUCCCCCACUUGCUUUCCUGGACUCCAGCUCAGCUCUUAGUCCCUGGACUAGUUACCAGUAUAGACUUGUGCUCCAGAACCAGGCUGGCAACACCACAGGACCUUGGGUCAACAUCACCACUAGACCUUCUAGGCCUGCUGGUCUCAGUCCACCAGAGGUGAAGGCGUUGGGGCCAGAGACUCUUCAAAUCACAUGGUCUCCUCCCCUAAUUCCCAAUGGAGAAAUUCACAGCUAUGAGCUCCGCCUUCCAGAACCGCAGAUCUUCCACAACGCUUCCGAACUGAAUGUGACCGUAACGGACCUUGUUCCAUACACAAACUACAGCGUCAGCGUGUUGGCGUGCUCCAAGGGAGGUGGACAUGUUGGAGGAUGCACUGAGAGCCCGGCCACUCCAGUCACCACAUUACCCACGAUCCCUCAAGGCCUCGCACCGCUGUCAGUCGUGGCCGUCAGCGAGUCCUUCCUGGCUAUUUCCUGGCAACCACCAAGCAGACCCAAUGGACCUAACGUCAGAUACAAGUUGCUCCGCCGUAAAACCCAGCAGCCUCUGGCCGUCGCCGCGGCCCCUGCAGCGACGGCCCCUCCCCACCCUGAAGAUCUCCAUCGCUGGCUCCAUGUUUACUCCGGCACCAAAUUGUUCUACCAAGAUAAAGGCCUAAGCAGAUUCACCCGCUAUCAGUACCAGCUGGAGGUCUAUAACGAUGAGGGCUUCUCGUCUGGGGACGUUGCUGCUGCGGUGACCAUGGCUGGGGUUCCCCUCCACCCUCCCUCUCUGUCUGUCCAGGCUGUCAAUCACACAGCUGUAUACGUCAACUGGACUCAACCCUCUUUGCACGACUUGCAGGGGGAAGUGGAGUCUUACUUUCUCACUGUUGAGUCACGGCAGACUACUCAAAUGUUGGCUUUACCUCCUGAGGUCACCUCCACAGCGAUAGGUGACCUUUGGCCCAGUACGACCUACCUGGUCUCACUACAGGUGUCCAAUGGAGCACAUAACACCACUAAGGUUGUAGUGAACGUCACCACAGAGGAUGGAGAGCCAGAUGGGAUGUCCACCCCGGAGGUGGUUCCAGUGAACAGCAGCACAGUGCGGGUGCUCUGGUCUCCGCCUCUACGGCCCAAUGGAGCAAUUACCGCCUACUCCAUCUAUGUUAAUGGCCGUCGCCAUGGCAGCGUGGACAACAGCUCAGGGUCCUACCUGCUGGGGGACCUGCUGCCUUUCACCGUCUAUGAUGUGCAGGUGGAGGUGUGUACUGUGUACGCAUGUGCCCGGAGCGAUGUCACUCAGACCACCACGGUGGAGGACCUGCCUGCAGACCUGGCUCCACCCCAGGCGUACGUGAUGAGUCCCAGGGCGGUGAGGCUCCACUGGACGCGUCCCGGCAGACCCAACGGCAUCAUGCUGGGUUAUGGGGUCCUGAGACGGACCCUGAGGUCAUGUGCUGCUGGGUCACCCAGGCUCACAUCGGGUGGUGCAGGUGCUGUGAGGGUCAGAUGCUCCUACCUCCAGUGUCCCGCUGGCCACGGUGUGUGUGGCACGUCCUGCUUCGAUCCCAACGCGCAGGUUUGCUGCAGCGGGUCGCUGCACACAAAGAGAGCGCGUUACCGCUGCUGCGAGGGAACCUACAGGAGCUUCGCUAAUUCCUCGGAGCCGGUGUGCUGCGACGGGAAGCUGCUCCCGCCUCGCCGGGACCACGAGUGCUGCGGCGGAUACUUCCUCCGCGUCAAAACCAAUGAACACUGCUGCCGUGACCGCUCGCAGGGCCGCGUCUCCGUGGGGCUGGGGGACAGCUGCUGCGGGGUGGUUCCUUACUCCAGGAAGUACGGCCAGCUCUGCUGCGGCGGGAGCCUCCGUGACGGCUACGGGGUCCAGUGCUGCGGAGGCCGCGUCGUGCCCGACGCGCUGGUGUGCUGCGGGGACGCGGAGAGGGGGGAGGCGCACGCACACAACCCAGGCUUCGUGUGCUGCGGGCAGGACUACAUCAACUCGUCCACCACUCUCUGCUGCGCGGGCACCGACGGGCGUCCCACGCUGCACCCCUCCGGCAACGCCACGGUCACGCUGCAGUGCUGUGGGUCAAAGGUCAUUCGUCAGGAGGAGAAAUGCUGCAACGGGGUCGGCUACGACCCGCAGCGACACGCGUGCGCCGACCGGCCCACGCCGGGCCUCCUGAUGCAGCGCCAGUGUCUGCACGGCACCGUGUGUCCCGUCGCCGCCGCGUCCACGUCCUACUGCGGCUCCUGCCACUUCGACCCGUCGGCGGCCGCGUGCACGUGGGUCCUGUCCGCGCACGCCGUCCCCGAGCCCCCCUCCACGGUGCUCCCCACCCAGGACACGCUCACCGCAGGCCCGUCUGCGCUCCCCGGCCCCAGUGAGAACACGUACAAGAUCGCGGCCGCGUACAGCAGCACUGAGGAGGAGGAGGAGACAGGCCUCUGCUCGUCCCAUGAAGAGGUGGUGUACAGUGGAGAUGCCAGCACACACACCUACACAGACUCCAGCCUGGAGCCCUUCACCGCGUACGAGUACCGAGUGACGGGCUGGAACGGCUUCGGACGAGGCUUCAGCAGUGUUACCGCGGUGACCACCGGUGAGGACAGGCCGUGGGGCGUGGCACCGCCCCGCUGGAGUCGCCUGGGGGGGCGGGAUGACAUCAUCCGCCUGCAGUGGCAAACACCUGCCCGGCCCAAUGGGGACAUCACUCACUACGUGGUGCUGCGGGAUGGACAGGAGCGUUACCGUGGCGAUGAGACCACGUUCAUCGACGUGGGUGGCAUCAGGCCUUUCCAGGGCUACAGCUACCGGCUGAGGGCGUGUAACCGGGCUGCUUGUACUGACAGUACACAGGUGGUGGCAGUGACAGCUCAGGGAAUCCCGGACGGCGUGCAGCCUCCCGUGGUCUCACCUCUGAGCUCCUCCUCCCUGCGCGUGAGCUGGUCGGAACCGACUCACCCCAACGGAAUCAUACAGCGGUACCACCUGAAUCGGACCGGCGUCGGAACCGUAGCUACUCACGCAGAUGGACCCGGAAGUUACAACGUGACCGGUCUGCGGCCGUACACUGAUUACAGCUUCGUCCUGGUGGCCUGCACAGCUGUCGGAUGCGGAGCCAGUUUACCGGCAACAGGACGCACGCUGCCGGCCGCCCCCGCUGGUGUGUGGUCGAGGCCUAGACACCUGAUAAUCAACGCAUCCGCAGUGGAGCUGUACUGGGAUCAGCCGUCGCAGCCUAAUGGACACAUCUUGCAGUACAGACUGAACAGAGACGGUCGCACUAUUUUUACCGGACACCAGCGUGACCAGAAUUACACUGACACUGGCCUCCUGCCAACGCGCAGGUAUGUGUACGAGCUGGAGGCCAGCACCGAAGGCGGGACCGGGGUGAGUGACAGAUACGUCAUACAGACCCCGGUGUCGAGCCCCACUGGGAUCCCACCUCCCUAUGAUGUGACUGUGUCCGGCCCCCGCUCCCUGUCUCUCUCCUGGGCCCCUCCUGCACAACUGAGCAUCAGCCAGUUUUUGAACUACAACGUGCUCCUAAACGCAGGAAGCGGCGCAGCCGUGAAGCGUGACGCUGGGCGAGGUCUGCAUCUCACUGUGACCGAUCUAGAGCCGUUCACCACCUACUACGUCAGAGUGCAGGCCUGUCAGAUUGACGGGUGUGGAGUCGGAGAGGGGGUGUCCGUUCAGACUCCAGAGGCUGCUCCUGAAGCGCUAUCGCCCCCCACGAUCGAAGCGGCAGGAGCCAAAGUCCUGGAGGUUCGCUGGUCGCCCCCAGAGAAACCUAAUGGACUCAUCACCUCCUACCACAUAUACAGGCGUCCAGUAGGAACCGAGGAGGAGCUGCUGGUUUUCAUCUGGUCCAGUGGACCACUGGAGUUUUUUGAUGCCAGUCCUGAUCUGAGACCCUUCAGCUACUUCCAGUACAGAGUCCGAGCCCACAACUCCAAAGGCUCGGUUCUGAGCUCGUGGGCUCUGGGCCGGACCUUAGAGGCAGAACCGCAGGACAUGGCCCCUCCCACCGUCACAGCCACAGGCGCAUACUCGGUCCAUCUGAGGUGGGGGGAACCAGGGCGGCCCAACGGUCUGACCUCCCACUACCGACUGGUUUACAGGGAGCACCAACAGGACCCAACGCUGAACUCCACGACUGUCACCGCUCUCACUGUGGAGGGUUCUGCCUUAGAAGCAAUGGUUUAUGGUUUUGAACCUUACACCGAGUACAGUCUACGCGUGGAAGCCGUAAACGGGGCAGGCAGUGUGCCCAGUCCGUGGGUGAGGGUCAGGACCCUGCAGGCUUCUCCAGCCGGCCUGGGUAACUUCACAGUGGAGCAGAGAGAGCAGGGCAGGGCGCUGCUGCUCAGCUGGGACCAACCACGCGUCCCCAACGGAGUUGUGACGACGUAUAACUUGUACAGCGAGGGGAACCUGGAGUUCAGCGGGCUGUCGCGCAGCUUCCUUUUCCGCCGCCUGGAGCCGUGGACCACGUACUCGUUGGUUCUGGAGGCGUGCACCUCGGCUGGCUGCACACGCUCGCCCCCUCAGCAGAUCACCACAGCGGCAGCGCCACCCGCCUCCCAGCCUCCGCCCAGAUCGCUGCUGAUCGGUGCAGACCGGGUGGCGCUGACCUGGGCCCCGCCCACCCAGCCCAACGGGCCUAUUGGAGAGUAUGUUUUGCUCGGGAGAAGUCUGGAGGAAGUGGGGAAGGGGAGAAGCAACGAACAAGAGUCAGACAGGGGGAAGGUGCUUUUCAGAGAACCGUCCCCACAAAACACAGAGGCCUUCUUCUUCACAGUGACCGGUCUGCGUCCCUGGACUCAGUACGAGUUCAGUGUCCGUACGUACAACCCAGCCGGACACACGCAGAGCCCCUGGGUAACCGUGACAACCAGGCAGGCGCCUCCUCGCGGUCUGGCCGCUCCAGCGUUAACUCACCUCCAGGGCCGACCUGGGGAGGUGCUGGUGUCCUGGGCUCCUCCUCUGGAGCCCAACGGGGUCCUUCAGUCCUACAGGAUCCAGAGGAACAAUGUCAGUUUUUCAUUCAGCUUUGACCCGACUGUCCUGAGCUACACAGAUGAAGAUCUUCUGCCAUAUUCAACAUACAGCUACGUGGUCAUAGCCUGUACGUCUGAGGGAUGCAUCAGCAGCCCUCACACCAGCAUCACGACCCUGGAGGUGCCGCCCGCUUCGGUGGAAGCUCCCACAGUGGACGGCAUCACAUCCGAUACUAUGAAGAUUUCCUGGAGCAAACCCCCGACGCAGAACGGAGAGGUCACAGAGUACGUGCUGAAGCUGAACAACGAGGAGGUUUAUCGUGGGAGAGGCCUGAACGCGACGCUGUCCGGCCUGCUCCCACACACGUCUUACCAGCUGGUUCUGUCGGCCUGCACCAGAGGAGGCUGCACCACCAGCACAACCAUGUCUACUGUAACCGAGGAGGCUCCUCCCACUGGAAUGUCCGACCUGACGCUCAAGGUCACUGGGUCAGAGUCAGUAGAGAUCUCCUGGAGACAACCUGAGCAGCCGAACGGCGUCAUCACGGGCUACGAGCUCCGCAGAGACGGAGAGGUUGUCUAUGUGGGCACAGAGACCCAUUACCACGAUUUCACCCUUCUGCCAAAUGUGGAGUACACCUACGCUGUCAGGGCCAACAACAGUAAAGGCUCAGUGAGCAGCACAGCAGCCGCAGCAAAGACCCACCCAUCGGCUCCGGCCGGCGUCGGUCUCCCCACGCUGACACCUCUGGGACCCACGGGGGUGAGAGUGGAGUGGGCGGCUCCAGCCCAUCCGAACGGAGACAUCGUGAGUUACACCGUGUACCAGAGAGAUCCGGUCCGGCUCGGCAUCAGCAGCACACUGUUCACUGCGGAGGAGCCCGCUUUCUCUGAGCGGCACACGGCUCUGCACGGACUUGAUCCUUACCACAGGUAUGAGGUGAGGGUAGAGGCCUGCACAGCGCUGGGUUGCUCCUCCAGUGACUGGUCAUCUGUGCUCACGCUGGAGGCGCCCCCUGCUGGACAGAUGGUGCUACUGUUGGACCUGCAGCCUGACCAACGCACCGGCCUGCAGACCGCCUUCCUGCUCACCUGGUCCCCGCCAGCAGAGCCCAAUGGCAGAAUCCUGCACUACGAGGUGUACCGCAAACAGGACCUCAACACUGACACCAGAGGAGGAGACGAAGAGACACUCGUCUACAAGAAUGUCUCCACUACGUACAGAGAUGACGGACUCCAGCCGUACACUCAGUAUCAGUACCAGGCGUGGGCCGUGAAUUCAGCCGGCCGGUCCAGCAGCCCGUGGACCCAUGGCAGGACAGGACCCGCCCCACCGGAGGGUGUGGGCCCACCUCUUUUCCUGCGCGUGUCAGCGACCUCCGCUGUGGUGGACAUCCAUCCUCCAGCUCGGCCCAACGGGAUCGUGAGCCUGUUUAGAGUGUUCUCACUGGACCACAACAACCGCACUCUGUUGUCAGAAGGAACAUCCCAUCAGCAGACGCUUCAUGGUUUACGACCUUACACCCAGUACUGGAUCGGAGUAGAGGCCUGCACCUGUUACCAGUGCUGUAGCCAGGGUCCCCUGAGUGAGCUCCACACGACGGCGGCCCCCCCGGCCCACCAGCCGCCCCCUCGGCCCGCCGCGCUGACCUCCCGCUCUGUCCAGCUGACCUGGGUCGAGCCUCUGGCCCCCAACGGCGUCAUCGAGAGCUGCGAGCUGCACCGCCGGUCCCCGUGCCCGCAGCCCCCCCAGCCUGUGCCCCUCCCUUGUGUCGAGGGACCAGCAGACAUCUGUUACUUCGGCAAAAGCUGGAGCUACAACGUGACAGAUCUCCACCCCUACUCCACCUACGAGCUGAGGGUCGCCUGCUUCAACAAAAUGGGCAGCACUGCCUCCAACUGGACCACGGUUACUACGCUCAGUGAAGCCCCUCAAUACGUGGCUCCCUUCUCGGCGGGCAGCAACCUGACGGUCAUCUGGCUGGACUGGACCGCUUCCUUCUCCCUCAACGGGCCCCUGAAGGAGUACAGCGUCACCGAGAGGCAGCUGAGGGUCUACAGCGGCUUCUACAGCUUCCACCAGAUUCCGCGCACGUCGCAGAAAACGCUGUCGUUUCAGGUGACCUGCACCACAAGCAGCGGCAGCGCCAGUACGCCCACCAUCAGAUACAGCCCCGUCACGGGCCUCGUUCCUCCGGAGCCCGAGGACAGUAAACAGGGCGUGGGCAUGUCAGCGAGCCCGGUCUACUCUGAGCUGUGGUUCAUCCUGCUGCUAGCGCUGCUGGGUCUGCUUCUUCUGGCCCUUCUGCUGGGACUGGUUCUCAGAAGAGCCCUGAGGAAGCAGCCGUCAGCCAGAGAGCGCCCUCCGCUGGUCAUGCUGCAGAACACGAGGAAGGGUGGAGGCGAGGCGUUCUCGUUUGACACUGUAGCAGACUGUGUUGAGGUCAGCAGCGUUAAACUUAAAAGCUACACUGUUUACAAUGAGGGUCUGGCAGACACAAAGAUAGUUGACGGCAGCUCAGGCUUCCGCCCCAUGUCUGUGCUGCGGGUUCCCACCCAACCAGACCUCGGCAAAGCGUACUCCCAGCAUUCCCUGCACCGCAGUGUCAGUCAGCUGAUCGACAGGAAGUCACUGAUGCUGGAGGAGGGAACCUGGGACAAUCCGCUGGGCCACGAUUCUGGUCUGUACGUGGAGGAAGACGAGUUUGCAGAUGCCAUCAAAGCCUUAAGUUCUGCGAAGAAGGAGCCCAACGCGUUCACCGACACACAUCUAUGAGACGCCCGCAUCAGGUAUCACCGCCGCAUCUCAGACCUGAGGGCCGUUCACAGUUUUCAGUGCUUGCCAACUGCUUGUUAGUUUAGUUUGAUCAGUUUUGAAAUGAAAUGAAAUGAAGUUUUCACUGUAGGAGUCAAAGCAGUCUAGAAAAAGAUGAUUGUCAAAUGUGUCAGAAAGUUCAUGUGCCUCUCAGUCGUACCUGUAACAGUGGUCCUUUGUUCGAAUCACAGGUGUUAAGUACAUUUACCAAAGUACUUAAGUUUAAAGUACUUAAAUUUUACUAAAAGUAAAAUUUUGACACAAACAGCAUCAAAUCUAAAGUUCUUACAAGUUUUAGAAUAUGGACUUGAGUAAAAAAAAUAAAAAAGUGAUACUUCUACUUUAGUGAUGUAACAUUUAGACUUUGUACUUCCUCUGGUCUUAAUAAUACAAAUGGCCUUAAUGUUAGUUUAUACAUAACAAAAAAUGCCAACUUUUUUAUUUUUUGCCGUUGUCUUGUAAUUGUGUGGUGAAACUGAAUGUCCUGAAAUCAGUUUUGUGGAGUAACUGCUGUAGUGUGUGUAGGGUGAUUUUAUCCAUGUAUAACGUUAAAAUGUAGGAAAAGAAAUCUCUGCAACGUCCUGUUGUGUUUUCCAGAUGAAGUGAAUCAGUGUUUGUGUCUGGACUGAGUGGGCUUUAAGUUUUAGAGCAAGCUGCACAUCAUAGGAAACAGUAUUUAUGAGAACAAGUUGUUGGACGUCUUUAUGUAAUUGUGUAAAGAAAAUGUCUAUGUAUUAUUAUAAAAUUGUUUCCUUUUUUACAAUUGCAGUAUUAUUUAUGAUUGUAUAUAAAGUUAUUUAUAGGAGAUUUGUUGAUCUGUGUAUCUUUAUUUUUGGGGAAAUUAUGAAUACAGUCUGGCAGACGCAAAGAAAA